AUGCCCUUUAUUUACGCUAUCCUUACACUCCUCUUUUGGGCCUCGGCCAGGGCUCUGCAGGUUACUCCAAACUCGCCAUGUGCUCAGUUUUGCCAUGGCACUCCUAAUUCAAAAUCGAGCAAAACCAACGGUGACGAGAUUGUCUGUAACGAUGAUGACUUCAAAAGACAAGCUGAGGGCCAAAAGUUCCAAAGAUGUCUGGCCUGCUUACAAGACAGCACCUUUGAGCAGGGUGAUGAAAAUGACCAAGACUGGUUCUUGUACAACAUGCGAUACUCUUUCGACUAUUGCAUAUUUGGCUAUCCGAACGCAACUGGAAUUUCAUCAGGCCCAUGCGUCACUUCGGAGGCAUGUGGACCGAUCGAAGAUGCCUUGAAAGAGGGCAUUGCCGAACCCAACGACAGAGACAAGUAUGGCUACUGUGACACUGAUGACAAAGCCAUGCUUGGUGAUGCAGUUGCCAAGUGCCAGGCUUGCGUCAAGGCAGACAGCAGCCAAACGAUUAUAUCAAACUUUCUCAUUGCGCUUGAAGCUGGGUGCCAACAGCGUCCCGAUCCCGGCACCACGCUCGGGCUUAAUGAUACUGUCUUCAGCGACAGGUCCAUCUCGAUUCUUGACCCAUCUGCUUCUCUUGCUCCUGGAGAUAACCAUGAGCUCCCCAAUACUUCCAUUGCUGCCAUUGUAGUUGGAGCAGUUGCUUUCCUUCUUAUCUCUGCAGGAUGUAUUUUUAUGCAACAUCGAAAGCGCAAGAAGCUGUCUGCCCAUGAUCGACGCUCUUCUCUUUCGUUCCGCUGUCAGGCACGUCUCACCCCACGAACACCCGGUUUUCAUGACCUGCCUCCAUAUAUGGAUGAGGAACGGAACAUUUCAAAGUCUUCACUCUGGAGCCCAAACAAAGUAGUAAGGAGUUCAAAGGAAGGCCACAAGCUCGGCAUAGUCACCACUAUUGUCACAAUUCCUCAUCCACCACCUACAAAAGCCCCGUUACAUACCCCUUCUCGCGAUGAUUCGUCCCCAGCAGAAAGCGUCUCGAGCUGCUGCAAUGCUGCUCUUUUAUCCAAUGGGACAGUGCAGCAAUGUAGCACUCCUUGUGUCGCAUCGCCGCUUUUCAGUCCUGGUCUUUCUAUUGCAACACCCCGGUCGGGAACCUUCCCACGUGACUACCAUGAUAGCAACAAUCCUUGGGCGCAGCAACCAACAAGUGCUACUGCUAGAGGUUUCUUGAAAACGAAGCAGUCAAGAGACUCUCAAGCACCAACCGAGACACGCAAUAUUCGGAUUGUGUUUGAUCCACCACCCAAAAAGCCCAGAAAAGGUUGA